GUUUGAUUGGAUUUGUUCAUAUUUGUCUAUUCAAGGUGCAAUUAUCGACAAAAACGAUGUUGCCCAGGAGAUCUGUUUCAAAAAGAGCGUUCAAGAGGCAAACAAGUUGCUGCUGAAGCACGAACCCACACGUCGACGUAUUCAACUGGUCCCGGUGAUUGAAACGAUCGAUGGUGAUGAUAGUUUUGAGGCGUCGCAAAAAGCGUGCCGUCUAUUGGAACGUCAGGUGAUCGCCAUUUACGGACCGUCCACACCGAACGCAGUCGAUGUAGUCCAGUCGUUAACGACUCAGUUCGGGAUUCCGCAUCUGCAAAUCGACUGGGGAUUCAGGCAGAAAAUUCACGGAUUCGCCUUGAACGUGCACCCGCAUUAUUUGGCUUACGGUCAAGCCCUGUACGAUUAUGUUCGUGCUGCACAGUGGCCCUCUGUUGCAUUGAUUUACUACAAGGAAGAAAGUUUACUCAAAUACGACUACCUGAUCCGGACAUUGGAUACCUCGGUCCGGAUGCGCAAAUGGGAUGUGACCAAUGAUAAUCAUCGUUAUGUGAUUAAACAGUUCUCGAAAAUGCAGCAACAGUAUGCCCACUUUAUUGUGGAUAUUCCGUUUUGGGAGAUACAAGAAUUUCUCAAUCUCGACAUUCAACUUGUCGAUCCGGAGGCAUUUCGGGCGGUCGGGGCGGCCAACAUUACAACCAUAUCAAUUUUGCAGCCUCUUACAGAGGACAAGGGUUACGGGAUUGGAGCUCUGUUGGACGAUGUGCGCUUGGCCGCAUUACAAGAUGAACGGUUUGCUCGCUCGUCCACUUCUCGUCGAAUCAGUCCCACUUACUCGGCACUCAUGUACGAUGGUCUCAGUCUACUUGCAAUGGGUAUACUGUCUUCUUCCCGGACGUCUGACUUGCUCCCCCCAAGUGGCUUGACCUGCUCCAGUAGUCGAUCUUGGAAUCCAGGAAUCAAUUUGAUCAAUGACAUCAAGGCGAUCAAGCCAGAAAAUUUCCGCGGUUUGACCGGCACUUUCCAAUUCGACGGACAGGGUUGGCGAUCGAAUGUGAAUUUCACCAUUUUAGAAUUUGCCAUGAAUGAAUUCCGCAAGUACGGGCAUUGGAAUCUGGAGACCGGUUUGACUAUCACAAAAAACUUCAGUCACACAAUGCAAGAGAUACAAUCGGAACUGCGAGGCAAAGUACUCCGAAUCACCACAAUGGAGGAGAAACCAUACAUGAUGUAUAUUGGCAAUACACCCCCAGGAAAACCCAAAUCCACUGAUCCUAAGGAUUGGCAAGGGUUCUGUAUUGAUCUGUUAAACUAUAUAAGUCGAGAUCUGAAUUUCUCAUAUACCAUCAAUCUGGUGCCAGAUUCGACUUACGGCAAUUCGAAGGUGAUCGAUGGUGAAGAGGUUUGGGAUGGAAUGGUGAAGGAAUUGAGCCUCCACGUGAGUUUUUUCAUUGCAACUGAUGAUACGCACUAUUGA